AUGAUCUACGAUGCCUUAUUAAUGUUAUGGGAUUGUUCCCGAAACGCAAAAGUUUCGCAGCCCGAACCACUUUCGUACGCCAAUGAGGGAGACUCAAUAGUCUUAGGCAGAAUAUAUGAAAUAGCGAAAAGUCAUCAUGAAAUACAAAACUUUACAUUAGGGACAGGAUUUCACUCCAGAAAAUCACAAACAAGUGCUGGGCAUAGAUCCAAUGGGCUAUAUGGUCAAGCUUUGAGCGAAGGAAUUUCUGAAGUAUUAGAAUCAUAUAAGAAAACCCUUAAAGAGGUGGAAAGCUUAAUUAUUGGUAACCAGAAUUACACAUUAGCCUUUGUAUACAGUUAUGUGGAGAAGUUCCAAGGUCUAUUCCAUACUUUAAACAAAAUAAUAUCUACCAUCAAAGAAAGAAGACUGAGUGGUUGUCAAAUAUUAAGCCUGGUGCAUCAGUGUAUUUUAAGUGGCGAUAAAAUGGUUCACGAAGCCAUACUAAAAAUAUUUACUUGCAUAAAUAAUGUAUUUAUCAACCAAUUAUGUACAUGGUUACUGUAUGGUGAUCUCAGAGAUCCUUAUGAAGAAUUCUUCAUAUACAAAACAAAGAAGAAUGAUGUCUCAGAUACAUUUCUAUCAACACCAUCUUCCUCUAAUACUUGUGAUAAAUCUCUUGUGUCUACACUUCAACAAACACCAUUGGACUGUGGAUACAAUAUAAAUCCUAAUAUGAUACCAUAUUAUAUUCCCCUUUCAUUGGCACAAGAGAUAUUGUUCAUUGGCAAAACGGUUAUACUGUUUGGAUUUGAUCCGAAAAAAGUAAAAAAACACAGUUCACUAACAAAUAGAUCUAUGUUAACUUUGCAAAAGAUGAAUGCUGAUUCUAGAAGAUUCACCAUAUGGGAGGAGAAAGAGGCGGAGUUCCAUGAAAAGUUACAAAAACUCAAAACACCCGAAUACUUUGAAGUGUGCAAUUUGAGAAGUGUGGUUCGUGAAAUCAAGGAGUGUGUCACUAAGCAUCUAUGGGCUGUAGCAGUUGAGGAAGCACAGUUAAUACACGAACUUCAUCUCAUGAAGGACUUCUAUUUGUUGGGACGAGGGGAGUUGUUCUUAGAGCUAUUGAGAUUGACUGCUCCUAUGCUUGAUAAAGCAACUACAAGGACAUCUACUAGAGAUAUGAACCAUGCGUUCCAACUAGCUGCCAGAGCGGUAUUUCUCAGUAAUAGUGUAGAUGUUGAAAAAUUUAGUUUCGAGUUGCCAUAUGUUAAACCAAACAUAUCUGCUAAUUCUACUAUAGAAGAUGGUAGUAGUACAGUUGCCGAUGGUUGGUCGACAAUUAUUCUUAAGUAUGACUUCAAAUGGCCUCUACACUUACUUUUUGCCCCGGAAGUGCUCGCUAGAUACAACGACAUGUUCAGACUAUUGUUGAGGAUAAAGAAAACACAGCACGACUUACAUGCUCUGUGGAAAACUUAUAAACAAUCAACAAGAUUUUCAAUGUGCCAACUUCAUAACAAGCUAAUGUUUCUCAUGGACAAUCUACAGCAUUAUUUACAAGCUGAUGUACUUGAAACUAACUUCUCAAGACUAAUGGAAGCUGUCAAUAAGACAAAUGAUUUUGAGAAACUCAAGAAGGCACAUGCUACUUUCCUAGCGGAUAUAUUAAGUCAAUCAUUCUUGACAGUUACCUCGUGCAAUGACAGUGAUUCUGGUGACACAUUGGACUCUAUAAACAACCCGGUGUUUUGUAACAUUAUGGAGUUACUCAAGUUGUGUGAUUCAUUUUGCAGUAUAAGCGACUUUGCUGAAAAUAAAGAAGCCGAGGACUAUUAUAUAAGGGGAUAUUCAGACAAAUUCAACAAGCUCGUGAAACAGCUUAUGCAGCUUUUAGUGUCUCUCCGUGAUCGUCCUUGCGGAGUAUAUCUCGCCAGAUUACUGAUGCGAUUAGAUUACAAUAGAUGGCUUAGCGGAGAAGCUCAACUUACACAAUCUGUCACUAAUAUGCUUAGAUAUUAA